AUGGGGAACAGCAAGUUAACUGUUCUCACUCAAGACUGUGAGGCGGUGUUAGCUGACCUGACGAGCUAGAUGAGCCGAACUAUUCAGAGUCGCCUGCACUAGACGACACAGCUCUCUUCUUCUGUCGAAGAAACGGUUAAAGUCGUGUUAAGGAAACCAUUACGAACAAAGUCGCGUAAAAUGGGGAACAGAGUUGCCCGAGAGGAUUACGAAUGGGUUUAUACAGACCAGCCACAUGCAGACCGGAGGAAACAAAUUUUGGCAAAAUAUCCAGAGAUAAAGGAAUUGAUGGGACCAGAUCCCAGGCUGAAGUGGAUUGUCUGUAUGAUGGUCACCAUCCAGAUUCUGGCCUUCUACCUAGUUAAGGACAUGGAAUGGAAAUGGCUGUUGUUUUGGACAUACGUGUUUGGAAGUUGCCUAAAUCACUCAAUGACGCUAGCCAUUCAUGAGAUUUCCCACAACACGGCAUUUGGAAACAACCAUGCCAAAUUAAACCGUUGGUUCGCCAUCUUUGCCAACCUUCCAGUUGGCUUGCCGUACUCUGCCUCUUUUAAGCGCUACCAUCUCGACCACCACCGUUACCUGGGUGGUGAUGGCGUGGACGUGGACAUCCCUACCAACUUUGAGGGCUGGUUCUUCUGUACCCGCUUCCGUAAGUUCAUCUGGAUCAUACUGCAGCCAUUAUUCUAUGCCAUACGACCUCUCUGCAUCAACCCAAAACCCAUCAGCCAGCUGGAGCUGGCCAACGUGGUCAUCCAGUUCACAUUCAACGCUCUCCUCUAUUGGUUGUGGGGGGUGAAGCCUGUUGUCUACAUGCUGGCAGGUUCAAUGUUAGGUAUGGGACUUCAUCCCAUCUCGGGACAUUUCAUAGCUGAGCAUUACAUGUUCCUGAAGGGCCAUGAGACCUAUUCAUACUAUGGGUCUCUUAACCUGCUCACAUUCAAUGUGGGCUACCACAACGAGCACCAUGAUUUCCCCAGCAUCCCAGGAAGAAGGCUGCCUUUGGUGAAAAAGAUAGCUGCGGAGUACUACGACGACUUGCCCUGCUACAUGUCGUGGGUGAGGGUCUUGUAUGAUUUUAUCAUGGACGAUGAGCUGAGCCCUUACUCGCGCGUGAAGAGGAAGCUGAAGGGAGAUGUCAAGCUGGAGUGAGCCGAGCUGCUGUCAUCACAAACAGCUACGUCGACCAACACUGGAGACUGGCCCCUACACGCCCCCAGAUGCCACAUCGUUAACCGCUUGAGAAUAGUUGUGUUGCUGCGCACCUACUUGUGUAAAUGAAGCGUGCACGUGCGUGUGCGUAUGAAUGAGAGAGACAGAAUUUUAGUCAAGAGCCAAUUCAUUUAUUGUUUGCAGAAAGAAAAUGAAAUUACUAGUCCUUAUACAUUUGCCGGUUGAAUCCUUGGCAUCAGUAAUAUAAUCCACAAUUCCAUUUACCUUUUUGAAUUUUUAGAAAAUUUUCUAAGGUAUUUCAGUAUUUUAAUGGACAUUUUAAUUCUGAAUUUUGAAACGGGCACCUUUUUUGUAUGGUCUAUUCACCUAAAUAAUUUUCAAGUUUUCUUAAAUGGAAAAAGCCCAUAUAAUUCUAUAGAAUUGCUACAUGGAUAAGCACCUAGCCCUGAAACACCUGUUUAAUAUAGCUUGUAUAUAGCUGCUCUAACUUGACUCAUCCAUCCUGAACUAUCUGACUGACUUCUACCCAGCAAGUGUUAUGUUCCACAUACAAGUGCUCAGCAGUAGAUAUGUGUAUUUUAGGGUGCUUUUGUUUUGUUUUUUUUUGUUUGGUCUAACACAUGGUAUGUAUGCACAGGAGGGCUGUACACUUCAAGUUCAUCGUUCUUGUUGAAUAGUGUUACUCUGUUAUUUUAGGCAACACAUUUUGGGCCACCAUUUUGCUUCAAUAUCAACACAGUUAAUUAGUAAAUGUGUAGGCAUGCCUGGGAGAGCAGCCUGUAAGUUAAGACAAGUCUGUGCUUGUGUGGAAAGGCAGGGAGGGGGUUGCACCAUAACACUUUGGGCCAGUUUGUUAGAUUCAGAUUAAGCCUAAGAUGAGGCUAAAUAGAGUCUACUAGGUGAUUCACAAUUAAUUGGUAGUACAGUCUGGUAAAGUUUGGACCGGUUUUAUCCAUGUCUAGAAACCCAUUUAAGAUGUUCACUUGAAAAUAGACAAGAGGCAUUCCUACUUUUGUUCAUCCUCCUUAGUUUGUCAUGAGUAAAGUGAUUGGACAAAUGUUACUGCUCAUGUCAUGCUAGCUUGUUCCCUGGUUUAAAACUCUUGCUUAUUUAAAACUUAAUUCUACCAAUAAAUUAGAUUAUACAUUUGCUAUUGCCUGGAUAUAACAUUUAUUGCAUGUUGAAUUUGUGGGAGUUUUAAUUCUAUACCAACAUGGCAUGUGGAUUCAGACAUGUUUAGGCUUUAAUGAUUACAAGAAGCCAUUGUUGCACAGCCAGUGGAUAUGACUGUUUGGUGGCAGCAUAUUAAAUAUUGUAGCAUAUUGUGCUACAAAAUAAUUUGCUGACUGGAUGCAGUUUUAAGCACCUUAACAUUAAGAUCAGUAGCAUAAUCCUGUUCUGCUGUAGCAAAUACAAUUGUUUAGUUUUGACCAAAAGUAGCAUUGAAUGUCAGGUGGUCUGCAUUUAAGAUGGUGUCUAGAACAAGAGAAACUGAUGUUUUGUAUUAAUAUCCCCUGUAGAUCUUCAGUUUGUAAACAAAUAUGGUUUAUUAAGUUACCAUAUGCUAUGUCCAAGCUUCCAGCUCCUGUUCCAAAAAGAAAACUUAAAUGCCAAAUUACCCUCCUGUUCUGUGUAACUAUUGUUGAUAAUGGCUCGGGUUCUGAAAUUUUGUCUCUUGAUACGAUGUGUAUAAAUUCCUAAGCACUGGAACUUUGUGUCCUUACCAUUUGCAAAAUGACCAAAACUAAUCCUGAUUUACCUCUAGUAACCCUUCAAAACAUCAGAUUAAGGUAAUAUCUGAAAUGCAUCUGACAAAAGGCUAAUUGACCCAAAAAGUAAACUGUAUGUAAAUUCACCAUCCCUGGAGUGUGAAUAGGUUGUGGAACCUUUCCUUUAUCAGUAUUAGACCUUCAGUCCUUUUAAGCAUCCUAAUAUUUGGCUGUUGGAUUAAUGUUUUGGCUAUAUUUAAACAGUUCCAUUCCUGUUCUGUCUUUAUGCAUUUUAUUAAACCACUUCCAACUACACUAAA